AAAGCAAAUCAAAGCCCUCUCUAUAUGACACAAGAUCGCACAGAAAUGUCUGAGGAUGAUGAUGACCAAUCUCCACCGUCGGAUCUACGCUCUGAACCACCUUGUUCUUCUUCCUCCUCCGCCGUCGAUUCCACGCCAAACAAAUCUCGCAACUGCAUCUCCUCCUCUGGAACCAUGACGGCCUCUCAGCCUUUCCCUGACCAUGUCCUCGAGAACGUCCUCGAGAACGUGCUUCAGUUCCUAGAUUCGAGAUGCGACCGUAACUCAGCUUCUCUUGUCUGCAAAUCGUGGUGGAAAGUCGAGGCUUUGACUCGAUCCGAGGUUUUCAUCGGGAACUGUUACGCCCUCUCACCGGCGAGGCUAACUCAGCGAUUCAAGCGAGUUAGGUCUCUGGUGCUUAAAGGGAAACCUAGGUUUGCUGAUUUCAAUCUCAUGCCUCCUGAUUGGGGUGCUAAUUUCGCUCCUUGGGUUUCCACCAUGGCCAAAGCUUACCCUUGGCUCGAGAAGGUGGAUUUGAAGCGGAUGUUUGUUACUGAUGACGAUUUAGCACUUCUCGCUGAGUCUUUUCCUGGAUUCAAAGAGCUUAUCUUGGUUUGUUGUGAAGGGUUUGGGACUAGUGGUAUCGCUCUUGUUGCAAACAAGUGCAGAAAGCUGAAGGUUCUUGAUCUGAUUGAGUCAGAGGUCACCGACGAUGAAAUAGAUUGGAUUUCGUGUUUCCCGGAGGAUGUAACUAGUUUGGAAUCUUUAGCUUUUGACUGUGUGGAAGCUCCUAUCAAUUUCAAGGCCUUGGAGGGUCUUGUUGGUAGGUCGCCGUUCUUGAGGAAACUUAGGCUGAACCGGUUUGUGUCCCUCGAGGAGCUCCACCGCCUGCUACUUGGAGCUCCACAGCUCACUUGCCUUGGGACAGGUUCAUUUAGCCAUGAUAAUGGAGCUCAUCAGAGUGAACCAGAACCGGAUUACGCAGCCGCGUUCCGUGCCUGUAAAUCUGUAGUUUGCCUUUCAGGAUUCAGGGAGCUAAUGCCGGAGUACCUUCCGGCUAUAUUUCCGGUCUGCGCCAAUCUUACCUCGCUGAACUUCAGUUAUGCUAACAUCUCUCCUGAUAUGUUUAAGCCCAUCAUACACAAUUGCCACAAACUUCAGGUUUUUUGGGUAUGUAUCCUUCUUGAUCUAUGUCUACAUGACAGUGAAGGUCCUGUCUCUGAAUUAGGCCUCCAAGCAAUCUCCGAGGGUUGUAGGAACCUAGAAUCUAUACUCUACUUUUGCCAGCGCAUGACUAAUGCCGCCGUGAUAGCCAUGUCAGAGAACUGUCCUGAGCUUACUGUGUUUAGGCUCUGCAUAAUGGGUCGACAUAGGCCUGACCAUGUGACAGGAAAGCCUAUGGACGAGGGAUUUGGUGCCAUUGUUAAAAACUGCAAGAAACUAACCCGGCUUGCAGUGUCCGGGUUGCUUACAGAUCAAGCGUUUAGGUAUAUGGGUGAGUAUGGGAAACUGAUCCGUACUCUCUCAGUAGCUUUUGCCGGGGACAGUGACAUGGCUCUGAGGCAUGUCCUCGAAGGUUGCCCUAGACUACAGAAACUUGAGAUAAGGGACAGUCCGUUUGGGGAUGUUGCGUUACGCUGUGGCAUGCAUCGUUAUUACAACAUGAGAUUCGUUUGGAUGUCGGCAUGUAGCUUGUCUAAGAGUUGCUGCAAGGAUGUUGCACGUGCCAUGCAGAACCUAGUUGUGGAAGUAAUUGGGUCAGAUGAUGAUGAUGACAAUAGGGAUUAUGUUGAGACUUUAUACAUGUACCGGUCUCUUGAUGGUCCAAGAAAGGAUGCACCAAAGUUUGUCACAAUUUUAUAG